UCUCCUUCUCUCCGGCUCUGUCUUUCUCUCUCUCCCCCCUCACCCACUACACGCGCGCGCGCGCUCUCACACCCGCGCGCCCUCCUUCGCCGAGCCUUUCCUUCGGCUCCUUCUGUUCCUGUCAUCUCCCUUCCGCUCCUGCCUGGGCACCCGGCGCGCUCGCUCCCUCGCUCGCCUGCCCGCCUCCCUCCUCCUGCGCUCUUCCACUUCUUUCCCCCGUCUCUUUCCCUCUUCUACCUCUGCUCUCUCACCCCCCCCACCCCUCACCCUCACCCCGUCGCGCACCUACUUACCUUUUGCACCCCCUUUUCACACCCUCAGUGCACCUGAGCACCCGAAGAGCGGCGGGCGGCGGCGGCGGCACGAAAAGCACCGGCGGCGAGCAGCAUGUCCCGAAGGAAACAGAGCAAACCCCGGCAGAUUAAACGCCCCCUUGAAGAUGCUGUUGAGGAUGAAGAGGAAGAGUGCCUAUCUGAGGAAAAUGAAAUUAUCUCCAAAGAAGACUUUCCCCUGGAGGGAAACUUUUCUGCAGAAUUUGAGUCUGGGAAUCUGAACUGUGAAGAUGUGGAAUACUUUUGUAAUAAAGGUGAUGAAGAGGGCAGCCAAGAAGCAGCAGAUUCUGAUGGGGAUGCACGUUCAGAUAAACCAGGACCGCUUAAGCUUGAGACAGAAGACUGGGAUGGACCAGCAUUAGGAAAUAUAGACUCCAAACCCAUAAGUUAG